AUGCCCUUGUACAACCAGUAUUUUUGUAUCGGACUGUACCUCAGCAUUAGGUACUGUAUACGCCCUACAAGCCCAGUGGACAUUAAGUCGUCAGUCGAUACAAGCUUCCGCGGUCCUCCUACAGAGUGCUUGGUGGGCGGCGCGCUAGCGCUAGUACUGCGGGUCUCGAGAUGCGCAGGAGUGGCCCCGCUGAGCUUCACCGCCGCGGGCGCGGGCUGGCGCAUGGCGAUGUCACCGCCGCUCGACGUAUUUCAGCGCGUAUUCAUGACUGCUCUUAAUAUCGUAGGCCUAGCAGCCCUAAUUCUAGACUUCCAAGAAGAUAAAUUCAAGCGUAUCCGCGUCGACGAGACCGCCGUAACGGCUUUUGUAUUCGUCGCCGACCUCACCCUGGUGCUGUUCAUAGCCAGCCUGGCUGUGUACCGCGGCUCCGCCCGGAUGGAGAGGCUCAUACGGUUGCUGACGGGGCUACAGAAGAUCAAUGCUGACCUAAAUAAUACCGGAUGCGUAAAGAUGGAAAAGAUUAGCGUCAUCGCAGUGACUAGUAUUUUGCUGAGCACCUUAGUGGUCGAGGUGGUUGAGAUCUACUUCUGGUUCAAGUUCUGUAUUGAAGACGGAUUAAACUGGUCCAUAAUGAUAAUGUACAUCUCGUACUAUGUGGCCAACUAUCUGGGUCUGCUGGCAAUGCUGCAGUGGAGUUUCAGCGCCUUAGCUCUUUACGGCGCCGCGGCUGCGGUCAACCAGCGCCUACUGAGACUGCACCACGUGAAGUUGAAGGCCGAAGGAACUGCGAUGUUAGAAGUAUACCUGAGUCCUCCGAAGCCCGUAGUGGACUGCUUCACAACGAAGCACUAUGACAUAACUCCUCCAGAGUUCGCCGCAUAUCCAUUCCAAGUGCAAUCCAUGGUUCGCCGUCUCGCUUCCUCGUACGGGCACAUCGGCGAGCUGAUGAGACAGACGAACGAGACCAAUGGCAUAAUCAUCAUGACCAUGCUUAUGGCCGCGUUUCUGCAUCUUGUGAUCACUCCGUACUACUUGUUGCUGAAUUUGAGUGAGUUUAGUUAUUAUAAUAGUACCCGGCACAUGUUUAACAGGUGA